UCAGAGGGCGGUGUCGGUAUACAUGAAUGUUCGGCUAAUUAAACCGGUUGCAGGAAAUGGAAACUUUUGUGACAGUAAAUUAAUAUUUUGGUUUUGCGUUUGACCGAACCUGUAAAAAAUGGCAGAUGGACGUCUAGCACAAGAUUUGUCGUCGGCAGGAUAUGAUCCUGAGCACUAUGUGAGUCGGCUGUCAGAGGAAGGGGAGAUGCCUCUGCUGGAGAUGAAGCAGAAGGUGCAGAUCCUCUCCGACAAGACAGCCCAGGAACUGAAAAAGAACGUGUACAAGAACUACUCGCAGUUCAUUGAGACUGCAAGAGAAAUAUCUAUUCUUGAAGGUGAGAUGUACCAGGUGAGUCGGAUGUUGACGGAGCAGAAGGCCCUCAUGACUUCCAUGCUGGAGAUGUCGCUAGUCAGUGAUAAAGCUGUGGCAGUAGAUGAACCGCAGAAGGAAGCAGAGGCUGUGAACCCGGAGGAAGAGACGCGCAGAAAUCUGGCUUUCCUCCUGGAGAAAGUUGAGGGAGUUUCAAGUGUUACAGAGGUGCCCGGGCGCCAGCUGGUCCACAACGGAGACCUUGCAGAGUUAGACAUGGAGUCGUUCAACCAAGUGCAGAAAGUUCACAUGUUCCUUCUCAAUGACAGCCUUAUGAUUGCAUCCUGGUUAACUAACAGGCGAGGCCCUGUGCGAUACAGGUUCCAGGGUCUGUAUGAACUUGACAAUCUAGCCAUCGUCAACAUUCGAGACGCUGGGGCAGUAAAGAAUUCAUUCAAAGUUCUGAUGUUCCCAGACUCGAAGAUAUACGCAGCUGACAGUGCCAAGUCUAAGAGACAAUGGCUGGACAUUUUAGAGGAAACCAAGAAGAAAAAGCUGGCACGGGACAAACAGAAGAAGGAGGCGGCCUUGAGGCUUGCAGAGCAGCAGAACACUGGGCCCACCACACCCAAGAAGGAAGAGGCCUCCAAAUUGGAUGAUGUGGAUACAGCAAAGGAUGCUAUGGAAACUGCUUUGCUCGGAGUUGAUUGGCUGCAAGAGCUGCCGGAGAAUCUGGACAUGUGCAUCGCCCAGCGCGACUUUGAGGGAGCUGUAGAUCUUGUGGAGAAAGUGAAUUCCCAUCUGAAAGACUGCCAGAAAACCCCUGCAGUGAAAGAGUUCAGGGCACGUAUAGACCACAGAGUGAAGCAGCUGACUGAGGGCCUGCUGAGUGAACUACAGGUGACAGCGGAGAGGUCCCUGAGGGGAGGACCCAGGGCAGCACGCAGAGCAGUCGCUCAGCUCAUACGCCUCGGCAAAUCUGCACAGGCUUGCAGUCUGUUCCUCAAAAUGCGCAGCACAAUAAUCAAGUACAACAUCAGGCAGCUUAAGUUUGAGGGGGCCACCAGCCUCUACGUGCGAUGUCUGUGCGGUGUGUUCUUCUCCAGUCUGUCAGAAACAGGCCGCGAGUUCCACAAGGCCUUUCCACAGCUGCUGGGAUGCUUCUCAGCUUUUAUUGUCUGGACUAAGACCGAGAUGGAGAAUUUCAUCACCAUUUUCAAGCGUCACGUCUUUGACAGCAAAUCUAGCCUUGCAACCAUAUCUGAGUGUGUUUCCAUAGCAACAAAUCAUUGUGCUGAGUUGGCCAAUGGAGGGCUGGAUGUUGGGUUCUACCUGGAUAAUAUGAUCAGUGAGGAACUGGAGAAAGCUAUCCUGGAAAGCAGACAUCAGAUCAUAGAGUCCAUUAAGUUCAGAGCAGGGGAAGAUCAGUGGCGUCCAUUAAAUCUGGGCACAGAGACGGAGUGUUCCCGUUAUGUAGACGACAUGGCAUCAGUCGGACUGGACAUCAGGGACAGCGUAUACAAUGGCUGCUUCAUAUCCCUGACACUGAACACGACCCAGUUCUGCAAGACAUGCAUGGUUCUGGCCCAGUCCCUGCUACUCAUCCACAAGAGCGAGCGCGAGGCACUUGUUACCGAGACACUAGUACUGGUCUUCACGGAGCAGGUCCGCCAUCUUGAUGUCUCUCUGGCCUCGGAGAAGUUUAAAAAUGAUAAAAAGUUUAUCUUGAAGAAUUCCCAGUACAUUCUAGAGGUGUUGAUGUCAAAGAUUGAGCAUAUGUACAAAACCCAGAGCAUUCUGUUCCCACCGCAACUUGUGGCCGUCAAUGCUGAGUACCGCAGACUCAAGUCUCUUGUUUCAUAGUGUAAUUGGGCUAUUUCAGACUGAGUGAAAAAAAAAAUAGACCAAUGACAUUUGGGCUAUACAUAACAAAACUAUCUAGUCCUUAAUAGACUUGCAAAGUAGAAGA